GGGAGAGGGUGCAAGAGUAGUCAGGAGGCUGGGGCCUGUGUGAGAGCAGUUAUCUAUGACAAGGGUGGGGGUGGUGUGACAAUGUAGCCCACCCCAUGUCCCUGCUUCUCACACACCCCUCCCCAAAAUCCUAGACCCCAGGAAGAACCCACACAGCCCGGGUACCAGGUUAGGGGGACUCGAGGCACCACCAGAAAAUAGUCCAUCUGCCUCCUAAUAUACAUUAACCCUUCAAAGAAACCAGCUUAAAGGUGUGCUUCCCAGGCUUCACCUGUUACUGUUUAGGGAGAUGGGCGCCGCGAAAGCCGCCGACCAAGCGAAGGGUGGGGCAUUGGGACCAGAUUCACUUCCCCCUCUGGCGGCCACGGUGGCCCUUGAUCGCCAGGGUCGCGGCUGCCCCGCCCCUUCCAGCAGGAGCCAAUUGGAGCCUGACGCUCCACCCCCCGAAAAACCGCCCGCCUCGAGAGUAUUUAGAAGCUGAGUGACCGGGAGAGCACUCGGAGAGCUGGGGAAGCCCGAGGAGGGAGUGUUGAGUGGACAGCGGCCCCAGCUCACAACCUGGAACCCGGGAGCUGGAGCAGCGGGCGUGCGGGGCGGAGGCCGCAUCCUGCCUUCCCGGCCAUUGGCCAUUCAGCGCCACGCACGUCGAACCAGAGCAGAAGGGGGCGAGUCCCGGAGUAGUACCCCGCACGGAGCUUCCCGGUCCCACCCCGGGUGGUCGCCGCCAUGGCCUGGCUGAUGCGGCUUGGCGCACUGUUGUGCACGCUGCGCGUCGGAUUAGGUAGCCUGGACCCCGGAGUCUCUGUGCCCUCGGCGUCCCAUAACUGCCCCCAGGAAUGUGUCUGCGCGGCCGACCUGCUAAGCUGCGUAGGCCUUGGGCUGCAGGAUGUACCGGCCACAUUACCUGCCGCUGCGGCCGCGGCCGAGCUCGACCUGAGCCACAACGCGCUCCAGCGCCUGCACCCCGGCUGGCUGACGCCCCUCUCCCGGCUGCGCGCCCUGCGCCUAGGUCAUAACGAGCUGAAGGCGCUGGGUCGCGGAGUCUUCACCAAUGCCAGCGGCCUGCGGCUGCUCGAUUUAUCAUCGAACGGGCUGCGGGUGCUUGGCCGCCACGACCUCGACGGGCUGGCGGCGCUCGAGAGGCUGUUUCUGUUCAAUAACCGCCUGGCGCACUUGGACCAGCAUGCCUUCCAGGGCCUGAGCGCACUCCACCGGCUCUACCUGGGCUGCAACGAACUCGCGUCCUUCUCUUUCGACCACCUGCACGGUCUGGGCGUGACCCAUCUGCGUACCCUGGACCUCUCCUCCAACCGCCUGGGACGCAUCCCCGUAACUGACCUGGCCGCGCUGCCGGCCUUUCUCAAGAACGGCCUUUACUUGCACAACAACCCGUUGCCCUGCGAUUGCCGCCUCUACCAUCUGCUGCAGCGCUGGCACCAGCGGGGACUAAGCGCUGUGACAGACUUCGCGCGGGAGUACAUUUGCCUGGCUUUCAAGGUACCCACGUCCCGCGUGCGCUUCUUUGAGCACAGUCGGGUCUUCGAGAACUGCUCGGAGACCCUAGCUCGGGCGAGCCUGGAGCAACCUGAAGAGCAGCUGCAUGUGCAGGUGGGUCGGUCCCUGAGGCUACACUGCAACACCAGUGCCCCCGCCAUGCACGUGGCCUGGGUGUCCCCACAGGAGGAGCUGCUGGUGGCACCAGGAUCCCGCAAUGGCAGCAUUGCAGUGCUGGCUGAUGGCAGCUUGGCCAUCGGCAACGUGCAGCCAUGGCAUCAGGGUGUCUUUGUGUGCCUGGCCACCGGCCCCCGCCUGCAUCACAACCAGACGCAUGAGUACAACGUGAGUGUGCACUUCCCGCACCCUGAGCCCGAGGCCUUCAACACGAGCUACACCACGCUGUUGGGCUGCGCCGUGGGCCUGGUCCUGGUGCUGCUCUACCUGUUUGCACCACCCUGUCCCGGCUGCCACCGCUGCUGCCACCGCACCUGCCGCUGCCGCCGCUGGCCCCGAGCAUCCAGCCCACUCCAGGAGCUGAGCGCACAGUCCUCGGUACUCAGCACCACGCCACCCGACGCACCCAGCCGCAAGGCCAGUGUCCACAAGCAUGUGGUCUUUCUGGAGCCAGGCAGGAGGGGCCUCAAUGGUCGUGUGCAGCUGGCGGUGGCCGAGGACUUUGAUCUCUACAACCCCAUGGGCCUGCGGCUCAAGGCUGGCUCCGAGUCCACUAGCUCCACGGUCUCUGAGGGGCCGGUGAUAACUUAGGCUGCCCAGCCGCCCCCCCCCCCCCCGGCUCCUGGGGCCGCCCGCCUGCCUGCUGCUUGCCCUGCUGCCCACUGCCGCGCACAGUACUGCCAGAUCCUGGUGUGAAGCGCUGGGCUUGUCCUCCAGCCUCCUGCGUGGGCCUCCACCUACACACACUCGCUGGUAGAGGGGUGGGGACCCCGACCCCUCUCCUCCGCCUCAGCAACAGGCCUGCCUGUGCCACAUUUCCCUGGCACCUCCUGGUACCCGAAUGUCCCAUGAGGACCAGCAGUGAGGCCCAUCUGGAAGAGCACUUGCAUUAGAGCCCAGGUCCACCCUCAGGGGCCGAGGCAGUUACCAAGGCACGGUGGUGAAGAAGUGAAGCAUAACCCAAGGGGACAGGAAGGGGGAGGGCUCCAAAAAAAGACCUGCCCCCCCACCCCCAGGGUGGAAGAAGGAAAUUGGCCCUCUGAUGAAAUGAGACUCCACGCACGAACAUCCAACCCACUUUCGGCUUCACAACUCCAUUCAGAGUCUGGUGGCAGGCGUGAGGAAGUUAAGGGACCCAGCCAGAGUGGCCCUACUUCCUCUGUGGGUAGCAGCAUUCACAGGCCACUCUGAGGGCAGAGCCUCUCCCAUGGACUCCUGAGACAGCAGGGAGGGGCACUGUGGUCCUGCGCCCCCAGCAUUUCAGCAGUGAAGAUCCUGCUGAGCACGGCCAAGAUGGGAGGGCAGAACUGCAAGCCGUUGUCCCUCGGGGAUACAAGCCUCUUAAGGGCUGGCACUAGGCUCGGCCUAAUGGCUGAGGCAGCGCCUUGGCUCUAUGUGGAUCUCAGCCAUCCCACUGCAGGGAGGCAGAGUAGGGGGGCUGGGCACACCUCCUGUAUGGGGGCUGAGCUGGGGACCCCCACGAGUGUCCCGGAUCCAGCUGUCAUGGAGUUUCUUAAUAAAGGUAGGACAUGCUUGUUGCCAGAGCCUUUGCAGACACAAGUGGUAGUGUGUGUGCUCAGCUCUUGAUCCCAGCGGUGCUGUCCUGGCCAUUGCAGGAGCACACCCCGCCCCUACCAUGGAGUCUUGUUUCCCUGCCCCUGCCUGAGGCUCUGACUGGGGGCCGAGACACCCCAAUCUGCUGGAGGCUCCCUUGUUCCUACUCACAGCUGCUGCUACUGACACCUGAGUUCAGAUGUAACCACCUGCUCUCCCUCUCAAAACCUGAUACUGAGGUCCAUUUUAGAGAUAAGGAAACUGAGCUGCAGGGAGGCCCUGCCCAGCAGCCUCCCCGUCAGACACACCCAACUCCCAGGGGCCCACAGUCCCUAAC